UUAAAACUUUGCUCAAAGGGUUGUUUAAAACUGUAUGCCCUUUGUUCUGGCAAUAUCAGACCUACAUGUAUGCAGAUAUUUAUUGCAACUCUUUUUGUGGUGGCAUAGAACUGCAGAGUGAGGGGAUGCCUAUCAAUUAGGGAAUAGCUGAAUAUGUAAGAUUAUAAUGGAAUAUUAUUGUGCUGGGAAAGACUUACAUGAAGUAGUGCAAAGUGAAAUGUAAUACAAUUCCAAAGUAUUUAUGAUGAAACCAUGCUAUCCACCUUUGGAGAAAGAUGGUGAAGAGACAAAGUAGGAAGGAAAUUAAGAAUCUAGUUUUAAAAAUGAAUAUUUAAAGUUGUUUUCAUGUGUAAUAUGAAAAAAUAUUAAUGAAAAAGAGACAAAUUUGAAAGAUUUAAUAAUUCUAAUCACAAUGAUCAAUUAUUUUUCAGGAGGAUUCUUCCUGAAACAUGGUACCCAACUUUUGACAAUGAUAUAAUCAAUUUACAGGAUGCAGAUUGAGACAAACAUAUUUUGGACAUGAACCAUAUGGAAAUUUGUUUUGUGCAUGUACUUGUGUAUAUGUGUGUGUAUUCAUCACAAGGAUUUUGUUCACGUUUUUUUCCCUAAUAAGGUGGGGAAAGUAGGAGUAUUAGGAAAUAGAUUUUUGUUAAGGAUGGCCUUUCUUCCUCAGAUUCAAGGAGGAAGAAUGAGAAGAAACUUUUUUGCUGUGGUUGGUCCUCCCUCCUAGUACCCUGAUAGGUGAUACCUUUUUAUCUAAUAUAUAUUGGGAGUUUAAGACUUAAGUCCUUGAUUCAAGUCUGGUUUUUUUUUUUUUUUUUUUUUUUUUUUUUUGAGAAGUGCUACUUUAAAGUAAAUUGAAUUAAAGAGUAAGAGGCAGCAGAGAAAAGAAUACCAAGCUGUGUGUAAGAAGGCUUGUAAUUGAGACUCAGCUGUGUUUAUAGCUGAUUAAUUUGAAUCAUAAUUUGUCUUGAUAAUUAAAAUGUUUUAAGUACCAUUAAUUGAAAAUGAAUAAAAAAGGAAAUAGAACAUUAUACAAAAAUAGUGGGGAGACAACAAAGAUCUCAUUCUGGCAGUAAAUGUUACAAAAGAUUUAUGUCCCCAAAGAAUGAUCUUUUAAAUGUUUUUGUGAAUAAACUCACCUGUAGCCUUGUUCUGAUUGUAGAGAAAAGACAUACCAGCAUAGAACAGUGAAAAUAUCUUUGGAGUUGGAGCUGAAAAAACUUGGAUUCAAAGUGCAGAUCUGCAAUUUACUCCUUUUUGACCUUCAGCAAGUUAAUUUCCCUUUCUAGAUUUUCCUUACAUUGCAAAAUGAGAAAACUGGACUCUUAGGUCUCUUUCCAUUAUAAUAUAUGAAUCAGAAAAUAAUGAUUCUUUAUAAUCAUUUUUAGGUAUAAAAUAUUUUUUUUUCAGUGUUGCAGAUUAGAAAUGGUAGGACCCCGUUCUCACUUUUCUCAUAUGGUUCAUGGAGCAUUGAGCACAAUCAUGUUCACAUAUUGUAAAAAAACAAAAAAAAAACCCACCACAUUUAAAAUGGUUGUCAUUGGCUCCAUUAAUAACUUUAAACAGAUACUGUGCUUAUUUUUUAGAAUACAAAGAAAAGUAAAUCUGGCCACUGGCCUUAAGAAAUUUGUAUAGUAAUGAGAGAGGAAUUCUGAAGUGUCAUUUAUGUACCAGUCAGUAUAAUGGAUUACAGAAAAGUUGAUUGAAAUAAUUCCUAUUGCCAAGAAGUUUAUAUUCAACCUUCACAACAAUUGUAGUUGUUCCUAGGUAAGCACAAAUUUUUUUGUGUUUCAGGGAUCAGUGACAUUCCAAGAUGUGGCUGUAGAAUUCACCUGGGAGGAGUGGGAACAUUUAAACUCAACUCAGAAGAAGUUGUACAGGGAGGUAAUGCUGGAGAACUAUAGAAACUUAGCCUCUUUGGGAUUUGCAGUUUCCAAACCAGACGUGAUCUACCAGUUGGAAAGAAAGGAAGCUUCUUGGAUGCCAGAGACAGAUAAUUCAAAAAGCAGCUGUCCAGGGAGCAAAGAAUUUACCAAAGAGAAAUCUUAUGAAUGUGGUGAAUGUGGGAAGACCUUCAAGAGUAAAACACAACUUACUUUGCAUCAGAGUAUUCAUACUGGAAAGAUUCUUUAUGAAUGUAAGGAGUGUGGAAAGGCUUUCAUCUACAACUCAGAACUUAGUCUACAUCAGAGAAUUCAUACUGGAGAGAAACCUUAUAAGUGUAAUGAAUGUGGGAAGGCCUUCAGAAGGAAGGCAAACCUUACUAUGCAUCAGAGAAUUCAUACUGGAGAAAAACCUUAUGAAUGUAGUGCAUGUGGGAUGGCCUUCAGACGUAAGAUUCAGCUUACUGUGCAUCUGAAAAUUCAUCCUGGAAAGAUUCUUUUUGAAUGUAAAGAGUGUGGGAAGGCUUUCCACUACAAUUCAGAACUCAUAAAGCAUCAAAGAAAUCAUAUGGGAGAAAAACCUUAUGAUUGUAGUGAAUGUGGUAAGGCUUUCAGAAGUAAAACACAGCUUACAAUGCAUCAGAGAAUUCACACAGGACAGAAACCUUACGAAUGUAAAGAGUGUGGGAAAGCUUUCUUCUACAACUCAAAUCUUAUUAAACAUCAAAGAAUUCAUACAGGAGAGAAACCUUAUGAAUGUAGUAUUUGUAGGAAGGCCUUCAGGAGGAAAGCAAAUCUUAAUAUGCACCACAGAAUUCAUACUGGAGAGAAGCCUUUUGAAUGUAGUACAUGUGGGAAGACCUUCAAGAGGAAGUCAACUCUUAAUAUGCAUCAGAGAAUUCAUACUGGGGAAAAACCUUAUGAAUGUAGUGAGUGUGGAAUGACCUUCAGGCUUAAGACACAGCUUUCUAUGCAUCAUAGCAUUCACACUGGAGAGAAACCUUAUGAAUGUAGUACAUGUGGGAAGGGCUUCAAUAGGAAGUCAAAUCUCACCGUGCAUCAGAAAAGUCAUACUGAAAAAAGUCUUUAUGAAUGUAAAGAGUGUGGGAAGGCUUUUCAUGAGAAAUCAGAUCUUCUAAAACAUCAAAGAAAUCACAGAGGAGAAAAACCUUAUGAAUGUAGUGUGUGUGGGAAGGCCUUCAGGAUGAAUUCACAUCUUACUGUACAUCAGAGAAUUCAUACUGGAGAAAAACCAUAUGAAUGUAGUGAAUGUGGGAUGGCCUUCAGGCGUAAAACAGAGCGUACUGUGCAUCAGAGAAUUCAUACUGGAGAAAGUCUUUAUGAAUGUAAGGAGUGUGGGAAGGCUUUCUUCUACAAUUCAGUAUUUAUGCUACAUCAAAGAAUUCAUACUGGAGAAAAACCUUAUGAGUGUGGUAAAUGUGGGAAAGCCUUCAGGAGUAAAACACAACUUAAUGUUCAUCAGAGGGUUCAUCCUGGAACGAUUCUUUAUGAAUGUAAAGAAUGUGGGAAGGCUUUCCACUACAAUUCAGAACUUAUUCGACAUCAAAGAAUUCAUGCUGAAGGUAAACCUUAUGAAUGUAGUGAGUGUGGGAAUACUUUCAUAAAUAAGAAAACACUUACUGUGCAUCAGAGCAUUCAUACUGGAGUGAAACCUUAUGAAUGUAGUGAAUGUGGGAAAGCCUUCAGGUGUAAGACACAACUUACUUUUCAUUAUAGCAUUCAUACUGGAGAGAAACCUUAUGAAUGUAAUGUAUGUGGAAAGGCCUUCAGGAGGAAGCCACGUCUUAUUGUGCAUCAGAGAAUCCAUACUGGAGAGAAACCUUACAAGUGUAAUGAAUGUGGGAAGUCCUUUAGGAUUAAGGCACAUAUUACUGUGCAUCAGAGCAUUCAUACUGGAGAGAAACCUUAUGAAUGUAAUGCAUGUGGGAAGGCCUUUAAUAGGAAGUCAAAUCUUACUGUACAUCAGAGAAUUCAUACUGGAGAAACACCUUAUGAAUGUAGUGAAUGUAGAAUGGCCUUCAGGUUUAAGAGACAGCUUACUGUACAUCAGAGAAUUCAUACUUGAGGGAAAUCUUAUGAAUUUAGUAAAUGUGGGAAUGCCUUUAUAUAGAAUGCAAAACUUUAUGUCUAUCAGAGGAUUCAUACAUAAGAUAUUCCUCAUGAAUGUAAAGAGUGGGAGACUAUCACAACUUAAAUUUUAUUGAACAUCAGAGAGUAGUUACUGGGGAGGGACCUUAUUAAUGUGGAAAGGCAUUCAGAGUUAAGCUACAACUUGGCAUAUAUCAGAGCACUUAUUCUAGAUAGAAACCUUAAUGGUAGUGAAUAUGGGAAGGUCUUCAGAAAUAAGAGUGAAUUUAAUGUGCUUUAAAAAAUUUGUACAGGAAAGAUUAUUUAUGAAUAUAAGGAGUGUGGGAAGGUGUUCCACCAGAACUUACUGGACAUCACAGAAUUCAUACUUAUGGUAUAUUCAUAAAGUUUAUCUUAUGUGGGCAGACCUUUUUCCUGGCUUUAGAACUUAAUAGUAGAGCACUGAUACAAGAGAAAAAUGUAAUGAUGCUAAUGAAUGUGGAACACCUUCAGACUAAGGGCACAACUUAGCACAAAAAAAUAUUCUGGAGAGAAACCUUUUGAGUUAUAUAAGGCAUAUGGGAAGGUAUUUGUACUGAGAACAGUACUCUGACAUCCAUCAAAGAAUUUAUAUUCUAUAAAAUCUUUAUGAAUGUUAAGUACUGUGGGAGGAUGCUGUAGCCAUCUUGAGUGAUUCUGAGUCAGAAUAUGAAUAUCUAAGAGAUCUUAUUUAGCCCCAUGAAAGGAGAUAGUCCUCCCUUUUGCAGAGCCCUCUAAGGGAAGAAAGAUUAAUGAUGUCCUCCCAUCAACCUUCUGCUAUGGAGAGGAUAUGGUAGUUGAGCCAAAGGUGGUGGUAUCGGGGGAACCUUCGUAUUAACUUUGAUCCUUGAGCAGAUGGCAUAAAGAAAUCUUAUGGAUGAUCUCUUGGCCAUCAGAUAAGUUUGAUCUGUGAUGAAUUCCUGUUGAUUGUGCUGAGAUAUGAAUCAUUUGAACUGUACUCUUGACAUUGCUGGUGCUUCUUUUGCUUAUAUUCAUCAAGGUAGAUACUCAACCAUAAAGAUUUGGAAUAAACAUUAAUUUCCUAAAAUCCUGAUAAGGAUCUGUGGCAGAUAAUGAUUCUAUUUGAUUUCUGCCCUGUGUUCUGAAUGUCAAAGAGAAGGAAUUCAAUGAAGUCCCAGUAAACAGCAGAUAGAAGUAUCAUCUAUUUAGUGGCAUAUGGGUAGGAGAUUCAAAGGAAAUGAACAGGGAAUUUUAAGAAGUCAAAACUAUCAGGUGUCACAGGACAAAACGCUCCACGUCAGUUUAGAGAAAUACAAAUAAAAACAACUCUCAGAUAUCACCACCUCAUACCUAUUAGGCAAUGUCAUAGCUAAGGAUAAGGACAUUUUGCAGGGGAUGGGGAAGAAUCAUGAUAUUAAUUCAUGGUUCAUAGUAGGUACAGCCAUUCUGGUGACCGAUUUGGACCUGUGUCCAUAGUCCUAUGAAACUACAUUCCUCUUUACCCACUUGGUCUUUAUGCCAAAGAGAUAAAAGGAAAAGGACUUAUGUGAAGAAAAGUGUUUCUAGUGGCUCUUUUUGUGGCAGCAAAGUAUUGGAAAUUGAGGACAUGCUCAUCAUUUGGGGAAUGGUUAGAUACAUUGUGGUUUAUGGUUGUAAUGGAGUACUAUUUUGUUCUAAGAAAUGAUGGAUGGUAGCUAGAUGCCUUAUUGGAUAAAGCACUGAGCCUGAAGGCAGUAAGCCUCAGAUACUUAUUAGCUCUGUAUCUCUGAGCAAGUCAUUUAAGCUUUUUUUUUUUUGUUUGUUUUAAUAUCUUGGAAAAGGAAAUGGCAGAAUUAUUCAGCCAAGAAAACUCCCAAUAGGAUCAUGAAGAUUCAAAGAAUCAUUGAAUCACUCAACAUGAGGGAAAUUGUGAAGAUUUAUAGAAUUGAAACAGAGUGAAGUAAACAGAACCAGAUUAUUAUUGUGCACAGUAAUAGCAAUAUUGUAAUGAUUAACUAUCUGAUCAAAAUAAUUCCAAGGGACUCAUGAUGAAAUGUACUAUCCAUCUGCAGAAGACAAAAUGAUUAACUCAGUGUAAGUGGAAGUAUAAAUUUUUUUUCAUUUUCUUAUUGAUUUUGCUACAUGUUUAUUAUUUUGAUUGUUAGUUAUUCUACAUGUAUAAUUUAUAUAUUUCCGGCCUUAUCAAGUAUAAAGAGGGAUUGGAAAGAGAAUUUUGGAACUCAAAAUGUUAAACAGAAUGUUCAAAAUAAAGAUUUUUAUUUAAAUAAUUAAAAAAA